AUGGACAUUACGCGUGCGAUAACGUCGCAUGUCAAGUCCGCCUCGUUCUCUUUCCUGACGGCCGAUGAGGUGCGAAGUAUCUCUGUGCGUCAGGUAGUGAAUCCUGUGCUGCUUGACAAUGCAAAUGCGCCGACAGAAGGUGGGCUGUACGACCCAGCGUUUGGUCCGAUGCGUCUGGACGACAUUUGCCAGACAUGCCAUAUGAACCAUUUCGAGUGUCCAGGCCACUUUGGGCACAUUGAACUUCCUGCACCGGUGUUCCACCCUCUGUUUAUGAACCAUGCCUACUCACUUUUGCGUGGCACAUGUGUCUUUUGCCAUCACUUCAAGAUCUCCAAAAUGGCCCUGGCCAAGUACACUGCGCAGUUCCGAUUGCUGGAAUAUGGUAUGGUGGAAGAGGCUCGUGCGAUCGCUUUGGAGCAGCUGCGCCGCUCCGAGGUAAGUGCGGAUGCGGACGACGAAGAGGGCGACGAUGAUGACGACGUCCCCUUGGCCUCGAUUCAGACUCAACAGGCAGCUGAAACGGUGGCCGAGUUUGUGCAGCGUAUGACAUCUACGGUUAAUCAGCUCAUUGCUAAGGCAGAGCGUCGAGGUAUCCGUCGUGGCUCAGAUCAUGGUAUGGCCACUUACUCGGCCCGUCGUGAUCUGCGCAAUGUCUUUCUGAAAGACAUCCUGCGCCGUCGCUGUGAGCGAUGCCAGGCGAUGAAUCCUACUCUGCGCAAGGAUGGGUUCGUGAAGAUUACCGAGCGUGUUCUCUCGGCGCGUGAUCAAGCCAUUCACGAAGCACGAGGCAUUCGCCGUGACAAUGUCCUGCUGGAUCGCGCAGAUACCAAGCCAGGCUCAAAGGAGAGUGACGAGGCCAUGGCUGUGGAUGACCAUGCGGAGGCUACUAUUGAAACGCCGUCAAUCACACUCAAGGAAGCACGUAAGCUCAGCAAGGAUGCAGGGGAUCAGACGCGUGUAGUCCCUGCCAGUGAAUGCCGAGCCAAUCUGCGCCGUUUGUUUAAGAAUGAAAGCGAGAUUUGCUCGUUGAUCUUUGGCCGUCACCCUGUCUUUGGCGGUCAGGCGGCGCCUAGUGCAGAUGUGUUUUUCGUCGAAGUGAUUUGUGUCACGCCCACGCGUUUCCGCCCAGCCAGCGUCAUGGGCGACCAGACGUUUGAGAAUGCACAGAACGAGUUGCUGACCAAGGUGCUGCAGACAACGUUCUUGGUUCGUGAUUGCAAUGAGCGUGCGCAGGCGUUCCAGCGCAAGAGCAACUACCCUGUGCUGGACGGUGUGGACGAAUCCGAGGCGAUUGCGCUGCAGAAACAAUGGGAGACGGAUCGUCGUACUGCCAUGGACCAGCUGCUCUCCGCGAUGAUGCAACUUCAGGUGAGCGUCAACUGCUACAUGGACUCGAGCAAGAACCCUGCGCCGCAGCGCCAGGGCUCUGCAGCGCCACCUGGUGUGAAGCAGGGCCUGGAAAAGAAGGAAGGUCUGUUCCGCAAGCACAUGAUGGGAAAGCGUGUAAACUUUGCGGCGCGCUCUGUCAUUUCGCCGGACGUGAAUAUUGAGACGAAUGAAAUCGGUGUGCCGCCCGUGUUUGCGAAGCGCCUCACGUACCCGGAACCCGUCACGGUCCACAACUAUGAGCUCAUGCGCCAGCUUGUGAUCAACGGCCCGGACGUCUACCCAGGUGCACAUGCCGUGCGUGCUGAGGACGGUACGGAGACGCUGCUCAAGUCCCUCUCGGUCGAGGAGCGCACGGCGCUAGCCAACCAACUGCUGACGCCGCAAGGCCAGACAUCGCGGCAGGCACGUGGCACCUUUGGCGGCGUGGGCGGUACCCUGCGGACGCCUGUCGCGAACAAGCAGGUGCUUCGUCACCUGCGGACAGGUGAUAUCCUCGUCAUGAACCGUCAGCCGACACUGCACAAGCCGUCGAUGAUGGCGCAUCGUGCGCGUGUACUCACGGGAGAGCGCACGAUUCGUAUGCACUACGCCAACUGCAACUCUUACAAUGCCGACUUUGAUGGUGACGAGAUGAACAUGCACUUCCCGCAAAGCCAAAUGGCUCGUGCUGAAUGCUACAACAUUGCGAAUACGGACAACCAGUAUCUUGUACCAACUAGUGGCAACCCGCUGCGUGGUCUGAUCCAGGAUCACGUCGUGGCUGGUGUGUGGAUGACGUGCAAGAACACGCUAUACACGCGCGAAGAGUACCAGCAGUUCCUAUUUAAUGCGCUGCGUCCUGAGACAUACAACCAAUCUGGCCGUAUCAAGACACUUCCUCCGGCGAUCUACAAGCCUGUGCCGCGCUGGACUGGUAAGCAAGUCAUCUCUACGAUUUUGCUGAAUGUCACGCCGUCGCAUGCGCAGGGUCUCAACUUUGACGCCAAGGCUAAGGUUGGUGCGAAGUUCUGGGGUGCGGCACACAAGGACGAGGAGACAGUGGUCGUCCGCGAUGGCGAGUUGCUGACAGGUGUGCUGGACAAGUCACAAAUUGGCGCCUCAGCCUACGGUCUCGUGCAUGCUGUAUAUGAGAUCUACGGCUCCGAGAGUGCAGGCCGUCUCCUUUCGAUUCUCUCGCGCUUGUUCACAAUGUGGUUGCAACACAAUGCGUUCUCAUGUCGUAUGGACGACUUGUUGCUCAGUGCGGAGGGCGAUGCGGAGCGUCGUCGUUUGCUCAAGGAAGGCGCACACCAUGGCCUGGAAGCUGCGAUGGGCAAUGUGGGUCUUGGUGAGGAGAAUCCGAAGAAGGCCGAGACGCAGCACAACCUGCGACUGCGCCUGGAGGAGGUGCUGCGUGAUGACGAAAAGCUCGCUGCGCUGGAUGCCGCUAUGAUGGGUGCAUCGAAUAAGCUUACGAGCUCCGUGAUUGCGUCGUGCAUUCCCUCGGGUCUGUGGCGUGUGUUCCCCGAGAACAACAUGCAGAUGAUGACCGUGUCUGGUGCGAAGGGCAGUGCCGUGAACGUCUCGUCGAUUUCGUGCUUGCUGGGUCCACAGGCACUGGAAGGCCGUCGUGUGCCUGUGAUGGUCAGUGGCAAGACGCUGCCGUCCUUCAAGGCAUUUGAGACGGAGGCACGUGCCGGUGGCUUUGUCGCAGGUCGGUUCCUUACGGGUAUUGCACCGCAGGAGUACUACUUCCACUGCAUGGCUGGCCGUGAAGGUCUGAUUGACACCGCCGUGAAGACGUCGCGCUCUGGCUACUUGCAGCGCUGCUUGAUCAAGCACUUGGAGGGUGUCUCUGUGCAGUACGACCAGACGGUCCGCAACAGCGACGGCUUUGUGCUGCAGUUCCACUAUGGUGAAGAUGCGUUGGAUGUGACCAAGAGCAAGUACUUGGACCGCUUCGACUUUACGGUCCAGAACUUCGAGAGUUACCGCCGACGCUACAACCCUGUGCAGCUCGAGUCUGCGAUGGAAGUCGAGUCGGCGCCGGAUCACAUGAAGCGUGCGCUGAAGAAGCCGCACAAGUAUGCACCUGUGCUUUCCGUGUACAACCCGGCGCGCCACUUUGGUUCCAUGUCGGAAAGCUUUGCGCAGAAGGUGGAGGAGUACGUGGCGAAGAACCCACGUGGCUUGCUGGCCCGCAAGAAGAAAGAUACCACGCCGGAGGGAGUGCCCAUGAAGCUCGCACGCCCCAAGCUCAACGCGGAGCAGUUCCGUGCGAUGACCAAGGUGCUGUACCACCGCGGACUGGUCGAGCCAGGAGAAAACGUCGGUUUGCUGGCCGCGCAGGGUGUGGGUGAGCCGUCGACGCAGAUGACGCUGAACACGUUCCACUUUGCUGGUCACGGUGCUGCCAAUGUGACGCUGGGUAUCCCCCGUCUUCGUGAGAUUGUCAUGACGGCCUCGAAAGAUAUCAAGACGCCGAUUAUGCGUCUGCCCGUGCGUGAGGGCGUGACCGAGGAUCAAAUGCGCACGUUCUGCAAGGACGGCAGCCGCUUGGUGCUCAGUCAGAUUGUGGAGGAGGCGACCGUCACGGAACGUAUGAUGCCCAAGACGGCCGCAAAUGGAUACCAGCGCCAGAAGCAGUACACAGUGCGCUUGCAAUUCUACCCUGCCGAUGAAGUGCUGGAGGAGUACAAUGCUUCGACGGAGCACGUACUUCAAGGCUUGGAGGCGACCUUCGUGCCUCUCGUCGAGCGUGAGAUUGUUCGUGAACUCAAGCGUCUGCGCCGUGACCAGGUGCGUCAGUCGCAGUCGAUUGGUCAGGGCGAGACGUUCAAUGAUACGCCUGCGCAGGCCGACCAGGAUGACGAGGCGCCAUCGACACGCGCACGGCCCGAGGACGACAGCGAUGAUGAAGACCGCAUGUCGGAGGCAGGUGACGAUGACGAUGCUACGGCAGCAAAACGUCGCGCGAAUGCAGGCUCCAAGGUGUCGUACGACGAGGCUGAGGCCGAGGACCGCGAGGCGGACACCGCUGACGAGAUUGCGCGUGCCUUCCAGGACGAGGCCGAGGAGGCACCGGAAGACGAGGACCAGGAGCCGGCAAACAUGGAAACUCGUGUCUCAGACUUGGAUGAGCGCCUGCAGAACGAAAGCAAGUUUGUCUCGGCGUUCCGCUUCGACAGCGUUCAUGGCGAGUGGGCCGAGUUUGAUCUGCAGAUGCAUAACAGCACUGAAAAGAUGCUGCUGAUCAAUGUGAUUGAACGUGUAUGCCGUGCCAGUGUGGUGCAUGAAAUCCCGCGUAUUAGUCGUAUGAUGAUCCCGCCACCUGCGCCGGGUGAGACUGAAGUCGCGCUCACCGCCGAGGGUAUCAACCUGCCUGGUCUCUGGGACUUUGGCUUUGGCGUGAUUGACCUGGAUCGUAUCUACUCCAACGAUAUUGGUGCGCUGCUUUCGUGCUACGGUGUGGAGGCAGCUCGUGCCGCGAUUGUCAGCGAGCUGAAGGGCAUUUUCGACACCUACGGUAUCGGUGUCUCGAUGCGCCACUUGUACUUGAUCGCUGACUACCAGACGGCGUUUGGCGAUUUCCGUCCAUUUAGCCGCGGUGGUCUGGCCGAUGCACCAUCGCCCCUGCUCAAGGCCAGUUUCGAAAUGACGAUGGCUUUCUUGAGUGGCGCUGCGUUGUUCCAGGAAUCGGACAACCUGUCCACGCCCUCAUCCAACCUCGUUAUUGGCCGCCCUGUCACCACAGGCACAGGUGCUACCACAAUUCACAUGCCUCUUGUAGCCACUGCAUAG